AUGCAGAUGACAACACCUAUGAUUGCCUCAAGUUUAUCAGCCCCGAUGGAGGUUUAUAUUGUUUUACGUGAAGAUGAUAGCAGCACUUUCAUAUAUCCAACAUCUCAUUCUUCACCGGUAACAGCAAAGGCUAGUUCUACUUCAAAACCGGCCCCGAUGAUUGUGUCGUUGCUUCCGAAACGGUCUCGAUUGGUCUACCGGAGGCGGUCAGAGGGUCAAUUGUCACAAGGAAACAAUGUUAAUGCUGUAGAACUGCCUGCUAACAAGACGAUGAUUACUUCAAGGAGAAGCUUAUCCGUUUCAUUUCAAGGUGAGGUUUUUUCACUUCCCAUUAGUAAGAUAAAAGCUCAAGAGGGUUCCAGUUUGACUAGGAAAGCUAUUCCCGAAAGGCGUCGAGCUAGCCCAGUGAUUGAUCACGGGGAGAAUUACACGUCGGUGGAUCCUAGGAAAGCCCGAAAAGCGAAUUCGGGUUCGAAUUUGUUGUCUAAGAGUGUUUCUUUUGUUAGUCCUUGUGUUAGGAGGUCGAGUUUGGAUGUAGGAGGUCCUACUGAGAUGUUUAAAGAAACUAAUAAGCUAAAGCCAAAUGUUGCCGCUUGCGAUCUAGCUGCAUCCGAUACCGAUAGUGUGUCCUCCGGGAGCACCAAUUCUGGUAUGCAAGAAUGUGGAGGAAAUGGUCUUCUGAGAGGGAGGAGUGUGCCCCGGAAUAUUGGAGUGUCUGCGAGAAUUGGUGGUUCGGCUGAGUUUAUUCAGUCGAAAAGGUUAUCUACUGAUGGUGCUAUGACUUCUUUGUUUACAAUACCUGCUUCUCCUAUUCAGCUUUGGACAUCUUCAGCUUCAUCUUGGUCGAGGGGGCUAAGUUCUGCUCGAGGAAAGAAUGGGGAGGACCAGAUAGUCGAUGCUCGCGUUUUAAGGCUUCUUUAUAACAUAUACUUGCAAUGGAGAUUCACAAAUGCAAAGGCAUAUGCCACUUUCAUGACACAGAAGCUGAGUGUAGAGAUAGCUCAUUUAGAGGCGUGGACGCUCCUCGAACGAGAUCACUCUUGUUCUUUGCGACAAGCGAGUGAAGCUUUAAAGGCGAGUACUCUUCGCCUUCUGAUUGUCGGAAAAGCAAUAUUUCAUAGCUAUCAGUAG